CCCACUCACCGCGGCCGGGGGCGGGAGGAUGGCCCAGGAGGAGGGCGGAAGCCUCAGCGAGGCGCGUGCGCGGGUCGGGGCCUUGCACGGCAUCACCGACCUGGCCCAGAAGCUCCUCUUCUAUGACCGCUGGGCUCUGGACUAUGACCAGGAUGUGGCCGCCCUGCAGUACCGUGCCCCCCGCCUCGCAGUGGACUGCCUCAUGCAAGCCCUUCCGGGCCCGCCCCAUGCUGCCCUGAUCCUGGAUGUAGCCUGUGGCACUGGCCUGGUGGCUGCAGAGCUGCAGGCUCGGGGCUUCCUCCAGUUGCAUGGGGUGGAUGGGAGCCCAGCGAUGCUGGAGCAGGCCCGGGCCCGUGGCCUCUACCAGCACCUCAGCCUCUGCACCCUGGGUCAGGAGCCUCUGCCCAGCUCUGAAGGGACCUUCGACGCAGUGCUGAUGGUGGGUGCCCUCAGUGACGGCCAGGUGCCCUGCAGUGCGAUACCUGAGCUCCUGCGAGUUACCAAGCCAGGUGGGCUGGUGUGUCUGACCACCAGGACCAACCCAUCCAAUCUGCGAUACAAGGAGGCACUGGAGGCCACCCUGGACCGGCUGGAGCAGGCCGGGGCCUGGGAACGCGUGGUGGCCUGGCCGUGGACCAGUGGGAACUGGCUACCUCCGAGCUCGAGCUGGUGCCUGGCACUUCCAACAGUGAUGGUUUCAUCUCUGGCAUCAUCUACCUGUACCAAAAGCAGAAGGCAGCCCAGGUUGAGGGAGGGAGGCCCAGUCCCCAGUCCCCGGCUGGCCUCUGACUCUCUGUGUGGCCUCAGUCGGUCCAUGCUCAGGCCUCCUCUGCUUCAUCUGUAAAGUGGGCCACGGCACCAAUCCCGGCCUUCAGGAGAGCGCAGCCUAUUAAAUGAGUCCCAGGAGGGAAGGCAGGA